UCUCAAGCGACUGCCACAAGUGCGUUUCACGUUUUUCAAUUCACUUUUCUUUUCACUUGUGUUGCAAGUUUUGAUCCUGCUGAAAAUGGCCGACAAGAAGAAUUUGCUUCUCCUGUUCGAGCAUCCCACGGAGCCCGUUUUCAUGGACAAGGGCAAGAAGGUGACCGUAUUCGAUGUGCCGGACAACUACUUGACCGAUCGCUACCGCCCCAUCAGCACUGAGGUGCAGAGUCGGGUCGGCGAGAAGGUCGAGCAGCGGGUUCCAGUUCGUGAGAUCUCCAUACCCGAUCUGCGCAUACCCAUGUCCCUGGGCCGCGAGGAGCAGUUCUCGCUGUUCAUUCCCAAGCAUCGCAGAAUUGCAGCUCGCCUCAUCGACAUCUUUGUGAACAUGCGCUCCGUCGAUGAUCUCCAGAGCGUGGCGGUCUAUGCCCGUGAUCGUGUGAAUCCCGUUAUGUUCAAUUAUGCACUCUCUGUGGCACUGCUGCAUCGUCCCGAUACGCAGGGACUCGAUUUACCCUCGUUUGCGCAAACCUUUCCCGAUCGCUUCGUUGACUCGCAGGUGUUCCGCCAGCUGCGCGAAGAGUCCUUUGUGGUGCAGCCCGGUUCCCGGAUGCCGAUAAUUAUUCCACGUGAUUAUACCGCUUCGGAUUUGGAGCCGGAGCAUCGCCUGUGGUAUUUCCGCGAAGAUCUGGGCAUUAAUCUGCAUCACUGGCAUUGGCAUUUGGUUUACCCAUUCGAGGCCUCCGAUCGCAGCAUUGUGGCCAAGGAUCGUCGCGGUGAACUGUUCUACUACAUGCACGAACAGAUCAUGGCACGCUACAACAUGGAACGCUUCAGCAACAACUUGGCUCGGGUGCAGCCCUUCAACAAUCUGCGUGAUCCCAUUGUCGAGGGCUAUUUCCCCAAGAUGGACUCGCUUGUGGCCAGUCGCGCCUGGCCGCCACGUUUCGACAAUACGCGCAUUAACGAUCUGAAUCGCGAACAGGAUCAGAUCAAUGUCGAGGUAGCCGACAUGGAGCGCUGGCGCGAUCGCAUCUUCGAGGCCAUUCACCAGGGCUUUGUCAUGGAUGAACGUGGACAACAGGUCCCAUUGGAUGAGGCUAGAGGCAUUGAUAUUCUCGGCAACGUUCUCGAGUCCUCGAUUCUGUCGCCGAAUCGCACUUUGUAUGGUGAUCUGCACAACUUUGGCCAUGUUUUCAUCUCGUAUGCCCACGACACGAACAACAAGCACUUGGAAUCAUUUGGCGUAAUUGGUGACUCAUCGACGGCGAUGCGUGAUCCUGCCUUCUACAGGUGGCAUGCGUACAUCGAUCGCAUCUUCCAGGAGCACAAGACACGUCUGCCCGCCUAUACGGACACACAGUUGAACUAUCCGGGCAUCUCGAUUACGGGCUUCCAGGUCGCUACAAAUGGCGGCCAGCCGAAUGUGCUGACCACCUUCUGGCAGCAGUCCGAUAUGGAUUUGUCUCGUGGCUUUGAUUUCACACCACGUGGCAAUGUGUUUGCCCGCUUCACCCACUUGACCCAUUCGCCCUUCACCUAUACGAUCAAUGUGAACAAUGAUGGCGGCGCCCAAAGAUUCGCCUACGUGCGCAUAUUCAUUGCACCCAAGAAUGAUGAGCGUGGUCAGCCAAUGCUGAUGCGCGAACAGCGCCUGAUGAUGGUGGAGCUGGACAAGUUUGUGGUGUCUCUGAAUCCCGGACCGAACUCAAUACGCCGUCGCUCUACGGAGUCCAGUGUGACCAUACCGUUCGAGCGAACCUUCCGCAAUCUGGAUGCCAAUCGCCCGGCGGCUGGCACCGCCGAGGAGCUCGAGUUCAACUUCUGCGGGUGCGGCUGGCCCAAUCAUAUGCUCAUCCCCAAGGGUCUGCCUGAGGGUCUGCGCUGCGAUCUGUUUGUCAUGGUUUCCAACUAUGAGAACGACAGGAUCGAUCAGCAGCUGGUUGGACGCUGCAGCGAUGCUGCCAGCUAUUGUGGAGUUCGCGAUCGUCUCUAUCCCGAUCGUCAGUCCAUGGGUUAUCCUUUCGAUCGCCUGCCCAGAACUGGCGCCGAUCGUCUGGUCAACUUCCUGACGCCCAACAUGAGCAUUGUGGAUGUCAGCAUUCGCCACGACAAUCGCGUGGUCAAUCGACAAGGCUAGUUAAAACCAACUACAUCUACAAAUUGUGACGACCUUCGCUUGAUGACACUGCACGCAUAUCUCACGUACUUCUAGCAAAUAACGUAUACAUUUUAUAUUGCAUUUAUUGCAUCUUUAUUGAGCUUAUAAUAAACGCAUCAUGGCAUUCAAUGAA